UAAUCUUGCAGGUUGUUGGCAGUAUUAAAACUACUAGGGAAGUUGUUGGUUCUCGCUAUCUUUAUCUGUAACUGAUUAAAUGUUUAUUCUUUUCUCUAGUAGCUCUCUUUGUAUUGCUUUUAGUGUGGACUGGCUUUCCACGGUCAUUAUUACUUUUUCAACUGGCGGAUGGGCUGAAUUUAAUGCAGAGAGUGAUUUGUAAUGUCUUCCUCAUGGUUCGAUGUUAUUGAAUUGUUGAAGAUAAUAAGGUGCGUCAACAGGACAGAAAAUUUGUUCGUUGAAGGUGAUGGAGUUGGUGGAAACCAACCUCUACACUAUCUAAAAGAUUAAUUAGUUUCAAUUCCCAGGAGAGAGAGGGUUGGCUUGGAAGCGUCCUGUUUCGAAACACUACACACAGAGUUCGAGAUGAACGAUGAUGAUAAGGGUUGCCAUCGAUUCUGCAAUAAGGGUUAUUUUAAUCUCUCAAAUCCCACUUUUGAUCGACAACCGGUAUACGCAGCCGCCAAAGAAAGGAAUUGCUUCUCAUUGAGGCCAUCCCAGAUGAAAGAAAUGCUAAACCCUAAUCCAUGAUCUUGCGGCUGAUGAAUUCUGCAAAGCAACUUGGCACUUUGGAGUUGUCGAAAUUCCAUCCCCAAUUGAAUUCCGCCGCAAUGUACAAAUAUGAAGCCAGCCUUGUUGCCCUCUACCCAUGGCAUCUUGGAGGCUUUUCAUUUCUUUGAUUGUCAUUUCCUUCUCUACCAACUCCAUUGCUUCCACAUUCAUCAUUACCAACAAUUGUCCUUUCGCAAUAUGGCCCGGAACGUUAGCUGGUGCAGGUACACCACAACUUCCAGCAACAGGGUUCCAAUUGGAUUCUGGCCAAAGUAUCACAAUUCCCACGGUUCCUGGAUGGUCUGGUCGGAUCUGGGCUAGGACCGGAUGCACAUUCAACACAAUGGGCGUUGGCUCAUGUGUAACUGGAGACUGUGGUGGGAAGCUGCAAUGUGAUGGCAUUGGUGCAACACCACCAGCAUCACUCUUUGAGAUAACUCUUGGAACUGGAGACCAGAAAGAUUUCUACGAUGUUAGCAUCGUUGAUGGCUACAAUCUGCCACUAGUUGCUGCACCAAGAGGAGUUUACGGUGAAUGCAACGCCACUGGCUGUGUAGCAGAUAUCAACAUGGGUUGCCCUAAGGAGCUCCAGGUGAUAGGCAGUGAUGAAAGGGAAGGGGGAGUUGUGGCGUGCAAGAGUGCAUGUGAAGCGUUCGGACUAGAUCAGUAUUGCUGCAGUGGGGAGUUUGCUAACCCGACAACAUGUAGGCCAUCUUUCUAUUCAGGAAUCUUCAAGAAUGCCUGCCCAAGAGCUUAUAGCUAUGCAUUUGAUGAUGGAACCAGCACUUUCACUUGCAAGGCCUCUGAGUAUGAUAUAAUAUUUUGCCCCAAUAGUGGGAUGAGGAGAAUAGAUGGUGGAUUACAGGCUCCAGAAGUCGGAGAAAGCCGAAGUGGGAAGACAGCGGCAACUGCUUCAUCUUCAACCAUCCUAUUACCCUUUCCAGUGUCAAUCUUUGUUCUCCUCUUUACUCUGUAUUUGUGGCAUACCUGAUACAUUUUAACACCCUUGUUCUUGCAAAGUGGUACAGCAAGAGAGAUCACAAUGCAAUCAACCAGAGGAAUCUAUUUAUCAAGACAAGAGAAAGGAAAAUUGUCGUUACUCCCAAGAACAUGCUGCACAAUAAGAAUGUAUGGGCAAGGAGUGCAAGGGUGAUUGAAACUAUUGAAAGAAUAUAUCACCUGUAUUUUCAAAACUUCAUAUAAUAAUAUAAUUGAAUUCUUUAACAUGUCAUUCUUCUGCUAGACAUCUGAAAGCUAGGAUGUAACAUAUGAAAGCAUCCCCAUAGCAAUAAGAAUAUGAAUUUCCCAAGGGAAUUGCGUAAAAAUUUCAUUCUCAGAAUAGUUGCAUAAUGAAAGAAACUAGUCAAGCUCUCAUGUAACUAACAUUUCAAUAUAAAAGGUGUAGCAAUUAUACUUUUAUUUCCAUAAAGGAGUCAAUAGCACAAAACUUUUCUGUUUCCCUAAAGCUAAAUUUUACAAGAAAUACAAAUUAA